AUGCGGAUUUCUAUCAACGAACUCAGGGAAAAGGACCAGGUACUGGUAUCGUUUGGAUAUAUCGAUUUAAGUUGGGAAGACGAUUUUCUCUCAUGGAACGAGUCAGAUUAUGGAGGCAUUGAUAAUAUGGUUGUACCACAGAAAAAGGUUUGGAGGCCCGACAUUGUUGUAGGGAACUCAUUAAACAUCAUAUUACCCGUUCUAUUCUUGUCUUUUAUGGGAGCUUUGGUCUUUAUGUUGCCUGCUGACGCUGGUGAGAAAAUAUCUCUAGCUAUAACCAUUUUGUUGGCAUACAUCGUUUUCUUGACCAUUGUAAGUGAAAGCAUGCCGCAGACUUCGUUACAGUGUGGUAUGGCGAUAUGA